AUUUUAUUUUUUUUUUUUGAAAUAGUUGGACUUUUUUUUUUCUUUAUUUUCUUUAUCCAUAUUAAACAACUAAAAAAAAAAAGUCUCAACUCUUUUUCCCCUUUUUCUUUAUUAUUGUAUAAAGAAAGAAAAAAAAAUGGAAGAUAUUGAAAUACAACAGAAAUUACUUCAAAAAUUGAGAAACAAUGCUGAAGAGGAGAGAAAAAAGAAAUUAAAAAUUAUUGUCACACAUCGGGAGCUUUUAUUAAAAGAGCUAUUUACAAUGACAGGUGAAGGUAAUCCUAGUGAAGCAGACCAUGUGAUAUCCUUUUUAAAAGGUGGAGAUGUAACUCAAAUUGAUCAAGAUAAAUGGAGCGCGUAUCUCGAUAAAUAUAAAAUUACUAAUAUAAAAAUUAAACAAGAAGUAUCCCCGCAAUCACCUUCAUCUACUCCUGUGGAUAGUCAGUUAAAUAAGCCAGCUCGUCGUAUACCACCGCCACCUGCUAGAAUGGUUACUAGAGGUGUUAGUGGUGCUGUACGUCCAAAAAGUGUAGAUGAAAUCUUAUCUAGUCUAGAUCAAAAGGAUUUAAUCACAUCUGCAUCUUCCUCUCAGAAAGAGAAAAGUAUCUCACCUACUACAGCAUUGAAGGAGCCAGAUCAGUUAAGAAAUGUGACUAAAGAACCUUCAGCUCGUCAAGGGAAAAUAAUUCAUCCUUUUAUCGAUUUCAAAUCACAAAAUUCAAAUGCACUUAUUUAUAAUGGUAUUAAACUAUCAACGGAUGAUAUACAAUACAACGAAAAUGAUCAUUUCAAUUUAUAUGCUUGGCAACUUCAUGCAACCCAUUUCCCACUUUAUAAACAACUUCAGACUGCACGAAAGACUUUAACGACACACGAUUGGAUGCUUGCUAGAGAUGAACUAAAGUCAGUGAAAACAAUUCAAAGGAUAGAGGCAUUAAAAAAGAAAAAAUUAUGGAGUUUAAGGCAAUUAAAGAAACAUAAAUCAUUACCUCGGCCGAAAACACAUUGGGAUUGUAUGUUAGAUGAAAUGAAAUGGAUGCAUACUGAUUUUAAAGAGGAAAGAAAAUGGAAGAUAGCUAUGGCUUAUUUAACUUCUAGAGCUGUACUAGAAUGGCAUCAUGCAGAAGAUAAAUCAACUGUGUGUGUAAAGACACGUAUACCAGAACCAAAGAGUUUGCCCGUGUUAGUUGAAGAAGCCAUCAUACCCGCAAUAGCUAGUCCAAUAUCACUAGAAAAUACAACAACUAUAUCCAAUGCUGAUUCAGAUUUAAGGCCAUUCGAAUUGGAUUCAGAAUUAAAUGACUCUGAAAAAUUAAUAAUAGAAGACUCUAGUCAAAUGCUCAAGUCAGAUACAAUGAUGGGAUCACUUCAAAACCCCUCUGAGAACACACAACAAUUAGUACCUAUGGAAGAUUCAUCUGUCCCAACCACUCCUUUAUCAUCCGAAAUAGUUCAAGAGUAUCGAAAUAGGAUAAAAAAUUUUGAUCCAAAUAUGCCGAUUUUAUCAUUGCCUAUUGAAGAUUUUAAUAUACUGGAUGCAAGUGCAUUAUUCCCUGAAUUAUUAACUUAUGAGCCGCCUAAUCCACAUUACGAUGAUAUUUACUUUAAUGAAAUUGAAUAUGGUAGAGUGAUUCCUAUUACGAAACUCAUUUCAGAGCAUAUAGUUCUCAAGACACCUCAACGAUACAGUCGUAAACGAGAUAUGAAUGGUAAUCCUAUUAUCAUUAUGGAUGAAACAAAGGAUGACAUACAACAAUUACCACGAAGUGAACGAUAUGAUUCCACUCCUCUUAUUUCACCUUUAUUUGCACCUAAAAGACAUAAAGAAUUACCUAUUCAGCAACCUUCUACACCUCAAACACAUGCUAACAAUCAACAUCAUACAUCUAAUUGGACCGAGGAGGAUGAUGUAUGCUUAAUAUCUUUCAUUCUUCAAUAUUCAUUCAAUUGGGAUUUAGUCUGUGAUGCAUUUAAUUCAGCCCGACUUCCUCUCACUGGUGAAAAGCGUACUCCCUGGGAAUGUUAUGAUCGCUGGAAACGUAAUAAUUUAACAUCCUUGACUGGUCAAGUCAAUUUGGCUUAUGUACAUAAAGUGAAAAAGGAGCUUAAUUAUCGAGCUUCUCCUAACCGUCUGGACUCCAGUCAAAAGCGUCAACGCCAAUAUAAUAUAUUUGAAGCUAUCAAGAAAACUCAAAAGAAACGUGAAGAGAAUGAGAAACAGACAAAUACACCAGCACCACCUCGUCAAACAAUUGAAGUUCAUGGUAUGAAUAGUGCAGGUCAACGUUUACCAACAGCUAUGGAGAUGAGUUUACAUAAGGCACAAAGAGAACGACAGAUGGCACAAGCUGUGUUGGAACAACGUCAGCUUUCAGCUGCCAUUGGGCUAGGUGCUCAAUUGCCUCAUGGUCCACGUACCGCAGCUGUUCCAUCUGUAUCACAACCACAUCGUCCUGCUAUAGGAAUGGCUUCAUCUACAACUAAUACCAACACUACUACUAAUACUAAUACUACCACUAACACUAACACUAACACUAACACUGCUACUACUGCUGCGGCUGCUGCUGCUGCUGCUGCUCAAGCUCGUGUUGCCGCCGCUGCCGCUGCCGCUGCUGCCGCUGCCGCAGCAGCAAAUAAUAAUACACCAUCCCCUGCUAUUCAAAAUACUGCAGCAAGGCCUCCUGUUGCACAGAACAAUGGUGUGGCUGCUGGUCUGCCACUGAAUAGAUACCCCGCUGCACAACUUCAAUUACUGAGACAACAACAGAUGGUAUUAAUGGCUGCUGCUCAACAACAAGCUCAACAACAAGCUCAACAACAACAACAAGGGGCUGGUGCUGCUAGUACACAAAUUCGCUCACCCACGCCUGCAGCACUUCAACGUUUUGCUAAUGCUAUACAAGCUUCUCAAAAAGCCCAACAACAGCAAUUACAACAGCAACUUCAAUUACAACAAGCUCAAGCUCAAGCUCAGGCACAGGUGCAAGCACAAGCUCAAAUUCAAGCACAGCAACAACAGCAGCAAGCACAAUUAUUAGCCGCUCAGCAGCAAUUAGUACAACAAACUCAACAUCAACAGCAACAGACACCCACUCAGGGACAAACACCACAACAAAUAUCUACUCCUACUGCCGAAAUCGUAUCUCAACAAGUCUCUCAAAUGGCUUCACCUGCAGCCCCCAUUCAACAAAGUCCACAAUCUCGCCCAGCUACCCAAACACCCCCACAAUCAUCACCUCAAGUCCAAACACCUCAACAACAAGCUGCUAUUGCUGCUCAAUUACAAGCGAAUCCUUUAAUGUUUGCUGCUCAGUUAGCACAAAUGGGUUAUCCUAUUUCACAACUACCUGCGAGUCAACAGCUUCAAUUGCAACGUUAUUUAGCACAGUUACAAAUGAGAAAUGCAGCUAUGGCUGCUGCUGCUGCUGCUGCUGCUUCUCCUAACACAUCCUCCAAUAAUGGUAGCCCUGUCAUUCCACAACAACAACAAAAUAAUAUAAAUAGUUUACAAGCUGCUUUACUUGCUCAACAGCAAUUACAAAGAUUACAACAAAUACAUCAGGCGCAGGCUCUUCAAUUACAACAGCAACAGCAGCAACAACAACAACAACAACAAACUCAAUCGCAACAAGUCCAACCUCAGCAAGCAGCUCAACAAACACAAACUCAACAGCAACAGUCACCAGCUCAACAAAAACAACAGUAAUAUUAGAUAAUAGUAUUGUUUUGUAUUUUGUAUUUUUUUUUCCUUUUUUUUUUCUUAAAAAAAAUAUAACCAU